AUGAUUUAUAUUUCAAUUAAAUAAGCAUUAAUUUAUUAGUCUAUAUAGAGAUUAAUAUAUUAGUAUUCAUGGUCGUUAGAAAUAUUAGAGAUAUUUGAUAUUAGGGAUAUUAGUAUAAUUUAUAUUAAUCUUAAUAGAUUUACGAUUUUAGUAUUAGUAUUAUUUAGAUUAAUCUUAGUCAAAGAAAUAAUUAAAUCAUAAAUUAAUCAGAAUUAUAUAUAUAUAUACACUUUGUUUGAUAAGGAAGGAGUGCAGCUAAGAUAGAAUGAUGCGAUCUAGAAGUAUUUUUUGGUACCUAUGGCAUAGGUCACAAAUUCGAGUCGUGGUGGUUUCAAAGACUUGGUGCUUUUUAUUCGGCAUAAUUAUAGUUAUGAGGUGCGUUGUGGUGUAUGCUCUCCUAUUAAUGUUUAAUAGCUGUAAUUAAUUUUAAUAGUUAUAGAAAUUAAGAGCAUAUAAUAUGAUAGUUAUAGCAUUAAGAUUAAUAAUUUAUAAAUAAUUGGAAAAUGAGCGAUUUUUUGGUGUUUUUCUUAUGAGAGUCUAGUGA